CUCCUCUCCAUAGCACCAGUCUUGGCCGUCCUCUCGGUUCUGGUAAUUUUCGCCGUCUACAACAAUGACCAAGGGUACUCAAAGUUUCGGUAAACGCCACACCAAGACCCACACUCUGUGCCGCAGAUGUGGUCGUCGCGCCUUCCACAACCAGAAGAAGACCUGCGCUCAGUGUGGCUACCCCUCUGCUAAGAUCAGAAGCUUCGAGUGGAGCGUCAAGGGCAAGAGAAGAAAGACCACCGGCACCGGCCGCAUGGCUCACCUGAAGGACCUCCCCCGCCGCUUCAAGAACGGCUUCCGUGAGGGCACCUCCGCCAAGCCCAAGAAGGCCACCGCUUAAGCAAAGCAGUAUACUACAAUCGGAAUCUUGUGUAUAGUCGAGUUGCGGACGCGGAAAUAAAUAUGGGACCCGCAACAUUGCUGCGUCGCUCAUACACCA